AUGCUUCCUGACGAUGCCACGCCCCCUGGCAAUGCUACGCCUUCCGACGCCUCAACGGUCAACGGAGCACACCAGCAGCCCCAAGAGGACGCAGGGGUUGAGCUCCAAUGUUUGGCCCAGCCACAAAGCCCAGGUUGUCCAACCAGAAAAUCAACAGACAACACCGCUUCAAACCCCCUAAUCCCCUCGGCCGCAGGCCCAGACCGAUGCGCCAGCACAGCAUCCUCCGGCCAGCCCCCCCAAUCGACGAGCGGUACAUCCACAUCCCAAUCCCUGCCCCAACGACUCAGGCCUCAGGCGGAGGCCUCGGCUGGGGUGCGGCGGGAGCUUCCCAUGUCUGGCUUCCCAACAGCGGCGGAACUUGACGAUUCCGUCACAUGCUUCCAUCGCUACCUUGACCUUUACUUCAUGAUGGCGGCUGCGCUGGGUACGCCAAUCCUCCCCACCCUCGUCCCGAAGGCGAGCAGCUGGCUUAACCUCUCCUAG